UCAGGGCAGGACACACAGGGGCUACUUAUGUCGAAAGCAGUGUUCCGUCACCUGUGUCUCUGAAGGGCAUUUUCUGAACUUUGUUUUUCCAAAAAAAAAAGGAGAAAUACUUGUUUCUUUUAUGAAUCUGGCAAGUUAUUCUUACUUCUCUGGCAUGUGCAACAUGACCGCAGAGACGCAGCACUCGCCCGCGGAGGCAAGUCCUGUAGUCAUGUCCCCAAACGUGAGUCUGGACUCUCCGCUGCCUCCGCCGCCUCUCAUGCUGCAGGCACGGUCGAAGGACAACAUCCUGAUCAAGUCGGAGCCCCGGGGGAGCAGCCCCAACACAGAGGAUGGAGCCGCCCUGGGGCAGACCGAGGAGCACCUGCCAACUGGGGGGAGCAGGCGGAGGAAAAGGCCCGUCCAGAGGGGCAAACCUCCCUACAGUUACAUUGCCCUCAUCGCCAUGGCCAUCGCAAACUCCCCCGAGAGGAAGCUCACCCUGGGGGGCAUUUACAAGUUCAUCAUGGAGCGUUUUCCUUUCUACAGAGAGAACUCCAAGAAGUGGCAGAACUCCAUCCGCCACAACCUCACCCUGAACGACUGCUUCGUGAAGAUCCCUCGGGAGCCCGGCAGACCCGGGAAAGGGAACUACUGGACGUUAGACCCGGCGGCUGAGGACAUGUUUGAUAAUGGAAGCUUUCUAAGGAGGAGGAAGAGGUUCAAGCGCACAGAUGUGAGCACCUACCCCGGGUACAUGCAGAGCUCCAGCGCCUUCACACCGACCCCUAUGGGCAGGCCAACGUACCCCAACACCCUGUACGCGGGGAUAGGGUCUGGGUAUGGGUCCCAGCUGACCGCCACAUCCCCGCAUCCUGCCAUGCUGCAUCACUACCAGACCUCUGGACAAGCCCAGCCGCGCAUGUUCAGCAUCGACAACAUCAUCAGCCAGCAGACAGCGGUGCAGGGCGGAGAUCUAAACUCCCAAGCUCUGGGGCUGCACGGCGGAGCUGACCUCGGCACCAUGACCUCCAGCUGUUCAGUCACCGGCACCGACCCCUCCGCGUGCUUCCAAACCCAGACUGUUAAUCCCUCUGCGAACAUGCUGAGCAGGAACACCGGGAACCUCACGUCAAACCUCGGUGGAGCGUACCCAUACUCCUCGCCGGCCUCCCCUCCAACUUUGCCAGCCAUGACCCAGUCCGGGUUCUCCCCCGGAAACUCUCAGGUGUACUGCUCCGGGAACAGGCUGCCCCUGCCAGCCCUGCGUCCAGGCUCGUGCGCGGAUCACACAGAGCAGCUGCUGGGCCUCUCGAGCCCCAUGAACUCCUACAACAACACCUACAUGAGACAGGCCAAUUUUGCGUCAGGGUUAGAGCGCUACAUGUGAGACAUUAUACGCCCUCGAAACCCUGAUUAAUUAUAAUUGACUACAUUUGCCCUUGUUCCCUCUAAAAGUAGCCUACAGGUCUGAUAUCGUCACAAAGUCCUUUUCCAUUUCUUUGUAUUAUUGACCAAUAGCUAUAAUUUUACCAAAGAUUUAUUCAACAGACUACUUGUAAAUUCCUGUGAUAAAAUUGGUGAGUCGUUUUACAUCCGAAGACCCACAAUAGCCUACUGAAGGACCGAGCCUUAUGAUAAAACAUUCCUGUUUUAAAAGCCAUUGAGAUCCGUUUGACACAUUCUUGACCAUUCUCAGUUUUUUUAUUUUUAUUGCGCCUCUUAUAUUUAGUGUUUUAGUUCGUUUUGAAGUUUAUAUGUGUAUGUUGCAUCUUUUAAGUCUGCUGAUGUUGAUGUAUUCAAACUUACUUUAGAAAAGUGUGUUAAUAUUGCUGACGACAGGUCGCGUUAAAUAAAUUCAUUUUUUUUUUACAGUUAAAUAAAUGUGGUCUUUAUUUGUGUGAAUGAUUAGAAUCGGUAAGAGAAAAUGAUGCUGCUGUUUUAUUUAGCUUGUAUUUAGCUGUUUUAUCUAACGUAGCACAUUGUACCCUGUUAUUCAUUUUAAAGCUAUUUGGACAAAAUAACUACAUUUAUGUCCUGGAUUCACUGUUCUUUAUAAGUAUUCAAUACAGGAAAUAUGGAGAAAUUACAAUUUUGACAUGUUGUAAAACAAAUCUAGUUGAAGAAAUUAAACGGUAUUCGAAGGAUCAUGUUUCAUAUAUUUUCAUUUACUAACCAAAGGUAGACAUUAGAUAAGCAGCAUGAAUUUUCUUUUUUUUUAUUUAAAAGGGUGAAUGUUUUUUUCCAUUCAAAUGUGUUAAUGUAAAAUGUAGUAGCCUACAAAGAAGACACAAGGGGGGAAAUAAGUUAUAGGGCUUACCUAAAGUCAAAAUAUUUAACAGUUUAAAAAAAAUAAUAAGCAUCACAAAAUUAAAAGAAAGAAUAGAAAAAAAAUAAUUCAAAUGAUAGUAGUGUAAAGUAUUAUCGAUUAAUUAACUGGAGCUGGAACACCUGUAGAAAUAAAGUAUCGGUGAUGCAAAAUGUUCAAAUUCUUCUUCAAUCUGCACCACAGCCCCUCUACAUAUCAUAAAGACAGAAAUGUCUAACUCAGUAUUACACUUUGGAGUAUCUGUUAGUUUUUAACACCUGCACACAACCUUUGUCACAGUUGACCU